AUGAGGGCAUCGGCGCUUUCUUCGCCCGGCGAGCUCAACAGUCCGCUGCGGGAGCCUCUUCAACGGCGGCGAGAGCUUCUUCCAGGCAAGCUUCUUCCAGGUGGCGAAGGCUUCAGCCGGAGAUCAGCGAAGAGCGAUGUGAAGUCGUUGCUGAAGGAGAGAGAACUGAAAUCCUAUGGCAAUAUAAUCCCCGCCCAUUUCGUGCGCUUUGUCGCCUGUUUUGUUAAAGAGCUACUACUUUCUCCUGCUCACACUAAUAACUGUCCCUCUUCAGCUGCUACUCCAACAACAACAACAACAACAACAACAACAACAACAAAACUGCCCUCUGCUUCAAAUUCUUCUUCAGAUCCUACUUCAUCUGAUCCAGGUUCUUCAGACUCUCACAUAGUGCCGAUCUCAGCUGCUUCUGCUGGAUUUCUGUUGAUUGUGGCUGCACUUGUGAUCUUCUUCAUCUACAGGAAACACAGAAAAACAGACCAGCAGGUUGAGGCCCGUGAGGAAGAGGUAACCUACGCUGACACGACAUUCGUCAAAAGAAAGGCACCGAGUGUUAAACAGGAGGAAGAUGUUGUGUACGCAGGUAUCGUUACCAGAAGAUAAUCAAAUUCUGUGCUAAGUUUCCUCAUUAAUGAUCUUCUGUUCAUAGUUAACAGGUUUACAUGCACACUAGAAAGCCACUAGAAGACAUGACUAGUAACAAUAGUUUGAAGGUUUGGCAACCAUUUCAAGAACAUAACACAAAACUGCAAAAACCCUAUACCAAUUUCUUAAGUGCAUGUAAACUCUGAACAACAUUUUUACCUGUUCAUUUUUUUUGUAUAUAUGUGUGUUGUGUUAGAUUAUUUUUGUUGAGUCAUUUUUUAAUGAUAAUGAUUGCUUAAUGAGUUUUUCAGUUAUACUAAAUGUCAAAAGGUCAAACAUAAUCACAUGCAGAAAAAGUUUAGCAUCAUGGGGCACUAAAAGUAAAUUGAGCUCCUGUACAUCAUUUGAAUUCUGGCCAAAAGCGCAAUGUUUCAUAAGCUAUGUUUCCAUUUAAAGUUGUGAAUUUAACUUGUGUGUAAAAUUAGAAUAUUUCAUAAAACAUUUGUAAAUAAAUCACUGUUUCCAUACCAUGUGUUUAAGAGAAUAAAAUCCUUCCUGGGAAA